AAAUGACUAAAGGAACUGCAUUUGGCUUAAGUUGUUGUCUUCGAGCAAAAAUUGACAUGUCAAACCCAAAUAAAGCUUUACGUGAUCCAGUAAUUUAUAGAUGUAACAUAUUGCCUCAUCAUCGUACUGGGAAUAAAUGGAAGGUUUAUCCAACAUAUGACUUUGCAUGUCCAGUCGUAGACGCAGUAGAAGGCGUAACACAUGCGUUGAGAACUAAUGAAUAUCGAGAUAGAAAUUCUCAAUAUGAUUGGAUCCUUAAAGCUUUGGAUUUAAGAAAAGUUCAUAUUUGGGAUUUCAGUAGAAUGAAUUUUGUUUAUACAUUGUUGUCAAAGCGUAAAUUACAAUGGUUUGUGAAUCAAGGCAUCGUUAGUGGAUGGGAUGAUCCAAGAUUCCCAACAGUUCGCGGAAUCGUACGUCGUGGAAUGACAGUUGAAGCCUUGAAUCAAUAUAUAUUGACUCAAGGAGCGUCACAGAAUGAUGUUUUAUUGGAAUGGGAUAAAUUAUGGGCAAUAAAUAGAAAAGUUAUAGAUCCGGUUGCUCCCAGACACACUUCAAUUAUCAAACAGGAUAUAGUGAAGGCAAAUAUUUUGGGAGGACCCGAGAAUGCUUAUUCAAAAGAGGUGACCAAGCAUAAAAAGAACCCAGAUGUCGGAAAUAAACAAACUUGGUUUUCCUCUAAUAUUUGGGUUGAACAAGAGGAUGCAAAAACUUUUGAAAUCGAAGAAGAGAUCACACUUAUGGAUUGGGGAAACGCAAUUAUUAAAGUCAUUCAUAAGUCUGAUACAAAUCCAAGUAUUGUUACAGGUCUUGAAUUGCAACUUCACUUGGAGGGAGAUUUCAAAAAAACCAAAAAGAAAAUUACAUGGCUUGCCGAUACUAAAUCGAUUUCUGAAGUUGUAUUAAUCGAUUAUGAUUAUCUAAUAAAUAAGAAGAAACUGGAGGAAGGCGACGAAGUUGAAAAUUUUGUCACGGAGAAAACGGAAUUUUUAACCGAUGCCUUAGCCGAUAGUAACGUUAAGGAGUUAAAGAAAGGUGAUAUAAUUCAGUUUGAGCGUCGUGGAUAUCAUAUAUUGGAUAAUGACCCUUCUGAACCGGUUCUUCGCUUUAUUCGUAUUCCGGAUGGCAAAGCUAGCAAUAUGGCAUCUAAAGCCAGUGAGAAAGUGAAUGAUGAUGGGAAGAAAGUAUGCUAA